AUGUCGUCGCCACCGCCCUUCCGUGCUCUGAAGGUGUGGCUGGACGACGACCUGGUUGGGCACAUACAGCUGAAUCGCCCGCAUGCAGCCAAUUCUAUCGAUACACACAUGUGGACCGAGCUACCACAGGCCACCAAGUGGCUGGAGAAGGAGCAUGCGCGCGUCAUCCUGCUCACCGGCGCAGGGCGCAACUUCUGUGGCGGCAUUGACCUGGCCAGCCUGGAAAACGGCGUCGGGCGCCGAGACCCGGCCUGCGCGGCCCGCACGGCCUUCGCCUUCCGGGAGGGGCUGGACACGCUGCAGAAGGGCAUGACGGCCAUGGAGAGCGUGCGCUGCCCCACCAUCGCCCUGGUCCAGGGGGCUUGCUUCGGGGCGGGCGUGGACCUCAUCACUGCCUGCGACAUCCGAUUCGCGACCGCAGACGCAAAGCUCUGCGUCAAAGAAGUGGACCUGGCCGUCAUCGCCGACAUGGGAACCCUGCAGCGAUUGCCGGGCAUCGUCGGGCAGGGCCGGGCGCGUGAGCUGGCGCUGACCGCUCGCCAGAUCAGCGGGCUGGAGGCCGAAGGCAUGGGCCUCGUCAGCGCUACGCUGGCAGACCCAGCAGCGCUGAGUCAGCACGGGCUGGCUGUCGCUCGCAGCAUCGCCGCCAAGCCACCCGUGGCAGUCGCUGGCACCAAGCACGUGCUCCUGUACCAGCGAGAUCACAGCGUGGCAGACGGGCUGGACUAUGUGUCGGCAUGGAAUGCCAGCAUGCUCAACUCCUCCGACUUUGUCGAGGUGUUCUCUGCCGCCAAGGAGAAGCGGAAACCAGUGUUCAGCAAGCUUUAA